AUAUUCUAGUAUAUUAUAUAAAAUCAAAAUAUAUUAAAAUCAAAAUAAUAUAAAAAAAUUAACAUUAUAACUUAACACAAUUUAAAACACAUGUUAUAACAUUAACAUUUAUAAUGGCAGAGAAAGAAAAUAAUAUAUAUAAGAUUCUAAAUUUAAACAUUAACAUUUAUAGUGGUGUCACUAACCUAGUGCGAGAUUGGUGCAACAAAAACCCUUCUCUGUUCAAAACUGUUAUGUAAAUUUAUUUUGUUUUUUCAGUGAUUAAGGCACGGUGUAAAUUUUAUUGAACGAAGGUGUUGCUACAAUGAAUGCUUCGGAGAAAGAAGACACUGAGAUUGAUGCAACGAAAAUCCUAUCCAACAGUGAGAAUGCUAAGUUGAAGAAGAAGAAGAAGAAGAAAGUGGCAUUGAAUGAUGCAGAUAAGUGCGGUGUGUGCUAUUUGAGUCGAAUCCCCCCUCACAUGGACCAUGUCAAGCUUCGCCACAUUCUCUCUCAGUUCGGAGACAUUCAGAGAAUUUUUCUCGCUCUUCAAGAUCCUAAUGCCCAAGUGUGUGCUAAGCGGUCCCGUGGAUCCCGUGACCAAGCAUACUCAGAAUGAUGGGUUGAAUUUGGUAAUAAAAGUGUUGCUAAGAGGGUUGCCAAUAUGCUAAAUGGUGAACAAAUAGGUAUGUGUUUGAACCUUGUAU